UGAACACAAUCUUCAAGGCAACGAUGGUUUAUUUCCGAAUUUCGAUCAGCGGCUAGUGUUUACAACAAAUUUUAUUGUUCUUUGUAUUUUGCAGAUAAUAUUUAAAACAUCUAUUCAAGUUGUAAAGUAACGCAAAAUUUGCGUUGUUCCGUUCUGGAAACCGAUGGCAUCUAGAUGUAUUCAAACUCUAAAUGAUCUGGACAAGAUUUCCGAUAGGAUCUUCUCCAAACAUUCAAAGGGGCGUUUUCGCGCUGGUAUUGAAGCCAAAUUGAAAGCCGCGAGAGAAAAAGCCGAACGAUCGUUGCGUAACAUCGACGAAGAAUCUCCUUCCUGCAGUCAGAACGGGACACAUAGUUGUCGAUCUAGUAUCAGGCCACUAGGUUCAACUCUGUCCUCAAGAACUGUUUCAACAUCUGUUUCAACUACGUCAAGAUCCUUAACAUCAGAACAUCAAAAUAAAAUACAAAGAGAAAAAGUACACAAACCAUCCUCUACAAAAUCAGCUCCAAAUGAACAAAGAGUCCGAGCGUCGAGGAGGAAAAUUAAAUCUUAUCCAAGCAGCUCAAUAGCUGAUGAAACAGAAGAGGAUCGAAAAGUAUGUAAUGACCAUGCUCCCCAUACUGUGUCAUUUUUUGGCAAGUACAGUGGAAAAGAGUCAGAAUAUAAACCAACUGCUUGGUUUAACUUCCCUCAAGAAACAAGCUUUGGUGUGAUUGAUAUUAUUGUUUGUGAUGAGAAGAAUAAAGAGCCAGUUUGCUUCUCUGUGGAUAGAAAGAAAGGAGAGAGUGUGCCUAAUCCUUUGAGACAUAAUUUGCCAGUACGGGUGGGACAAAAUGGUAUGGUAAGAACUGAAAAGAAAGUGGAAUUUAAACCUGAAACGGAUGAUGGAAAUACAAAACAAGGGAAGAAACGAACAGCUCCAUUGAACUGGGAGGAGCAGCUGAAUUGGCAUAAUGCGUGUGUCGUUUCAUCAGCUUUACAAUCAGUGAAGGAUUCCUCAUCAAAGGGCUUGUAUGAAUCACAUUCAGUCACUUUCCACGAGAAAAGAGCGCAGCAAAGAAAUAACUCUCAACGAAAAGAGGAAAAUUAUCUUUCACCUGCUUACAAACUUAGUUUGGAAACACGCUGGGUAUAUCCCGAUCGAAGGAACUUAGUUUCCGCAAAAGACAAAUGCAUCACUGCUGUGGAAAUCGAGGAUAACAGAACUGAUGAAUGGGUGAAAGUCAGUGAGGAAAGUACAGAUCGUACGAAGCGCGAUGGAAAAAAUAAUGCUGAAGAGUCUGCGCAACAUAAUGAAGAGAUGGUUUCAAAAAAGGUUAGCUUCGAAGAUGAAAGAGUUACGGGAAAGAAAACAACAAGAAAUCCACAAGGAAAUGAUAGGGGAGAAAAAGUUGAUAGAAAAACUAAAGAUGUUGCAAUUAUUUCUAAAACUAACGAAUCUGAAGAAGUUGGUUUAGAACAUAGAGUUCGUCCAAAAACUAGUCAAGGAGGAUCUAGAGGACAAGGUAGUGAUGUAAUGGCGGGCGAUAGGAAAAUGCGACGACGGCACUCUGCACCUCCUACUCCACCGUCCACUCCAAGAUUUCAGGCAGAAUCCAAAUUUUCAAGUUGUAUGCCUAUAACGAUCACAAUCCCGACACAAGGUGAUUUCACAGAAAGCAGGAGCGACUCAAACAUGGAAAGCAGACUAAGCGAUGAACCAGAGAAGUCUGCUUUACUCAGUGCCAGCGUUAGUCCUGGGGAAAGCGAGGAAUAUCUCGUCGAAAGCGAAAGUUGCACAGCAGUUUUUGUAGACAUCACUCCACAGACAUCUGAAAAGACCAUUCCGAGGCGUGUUUCACUCAAAAACGCUCUACGGUCUGCACCAGUUUCUAGAACCACACUAAGGACUGGAAAUGAAACUCUUCGCUCGAAAUCGUCCACAGCUCUUCAGAGGAAGCCGCACAGGCCGCCUUCACCCGUCGUCUUUGUGUCAGAGUCUUCUUUAGAGUUGCCUAAAGAUCUGCCCCCCGCCCAAGCCGUUGUGGCUCUAAGGAAAAAAAUUCGCGAAGAUCUUGCUCAACAAAAUCGUGAAUUGCAGUUGGAAAUUCAACACUUGUACUUGAAAAAGCAUACAAAGUAAUUAUUUUGUUCAAUAAAGACCGUUUGUUAACUA